AUGUCGUCCUCCUCUACCCAAAACCAAUUGGAGCUGCAGGAGUACACCUGUCAAGAAUGUGACAUCAUCCUUUCGGUUCUCUCAUCAUCUCCCCCUUCCUCUCCACAUUGUCCUCAGUGUAAUCUCGUGUCUUCUUUUACUUCUUCGACCCCUUUUGGAGUUAGUCCUGAUGAUGAUGAUGAUGAUGAUGAUGAUGAUGAUGAUGAUAACGAAGACGACGAGGAGGCUCGAAUUCUCGAUCCAAUUACGACCGUUCUGAUCUCAUCUUCAAUGCUGUCCUCAUCAGACGAAUCUUCUUUACUUUGCACCAUUUGCAGGGAAGAUUUCGUCGUCGGAGAACCUGCCUGGAAAUUGCCAUGCAACCAUUUGUACCAUGAAGAUUGCAUUGUUCCUUGGCUCACAAGUCAAAACUCGUGUCCUCUCUGUCGAUUUGAGCUGUCGGUUGAAUCUACUGAGGACGACAGUGGUCUAACCUUGUGGUUCGAUGUAUUGACCCUAGAGGACGAGUUAGAAGAAGAUACGGGAGUCACUCUCAAUUACCAAAGUUUAGACGGCUAA